AAUAAUAUAACUGACUUAUUAUGUUCUCUCCGAGAAUUUGCAACAUCAGACUGCAUAAAUUAUGAUGAAAUAUAUGAACUAUGGGUUGCCAUUCCAACAAUAAUCUUCCGCACGGAUCAUGGGCUUGAAUUUUGUGAAAAGUCCCAUCAACUUCUGCAAUGUUACAAGAAAACGAGGACGGGAAACUUGGUGUGAAAGAAAAUGGUGUCCCCUACGUACUACUGUCACGAGACACUAGUCACCCUUGUCCCACAACAGUGCAAACAGAACGAAAGAAGAAAAAGAAGAGAACCAGAUCCAAAUCAAGAGAUAAAGAGAAUGAAGAUGCCACUCUGAUUGGAUCUGAAGAUGAAAAUCAGAAUACAGCAGCCAAGAUUGACGAGCUCCUCAAGCAGGCUCUUGAGGAAAGCAAUGCGGAUACAACCAAAAAGAAAAAGAAGAAGAAAAGGCCUGUUUCAGAGGAUCCCAUGAUUGAAAAGAUUAAACGAGGAAUCAAAAAAGAUGACGAUGCCGCCCUGAUCGCUAAUACUUACGAUCCUGAAGACAGUCCGAAAAAUACCAAAAACAAACGUAAACAAAAACCAAAGCAGACGGAAGGUGUUGAGAAUCCUGCCUUUGAUGAAGAGAAAGAUGUCGACACCCCGGUCAAGAAGGGGAAGAAGAAAAAACAAAAGCAAACAGAGGAAAUAGAGAUGGAAGACAAACCCAUGUCGAUAUCAGAAUUGGUCCCACCAGCUACAGAGACCAAGAAAAAGCGCAAGAAAUCUCCGCGGCCAAAAUCCUCAGAGCCAGAGCCAGAGCCAGAACAACCAGAUGAGGAGCAGCCACAACCGGCCGAACGUGUCAAGAAGAAGAAGAAGAAGAAACCGGUGGUGAAGUCUGAAGAUGAAGCUGUGGAGGAACCGCCACAACCAGAGACAGAGGAGCCUGGGGUGGAUGUCCCAAAGAAGAAGCCUCGGAAGAAGAAAAAAGCUCGCAUGGCAGACACUCAAGAAGAUGAAACAGCUGGGACAGAGGAAGAGCUGGAGCCAUUGAACACUGGCGAUGAUAUAGAAGAGGAUGAAGGUGAAGCGGUCGACGAAGGUCGAGUGCUCGGGAUACAACUGCAUCGGACCGAUCGUCUCAAAUCAGAUUUAUCCAUAUCACAUCCGCUCGUUAAAAUCACUGUCGUAGAUGAAGACACUGGCCUGUUGUUGUCAAAACAGUCUAGGGAGCGACGGGUUACCUCAUUUUUCGAAUCGGACAACAGCCUUAUUACGCCUAUCAUGUCACAACCGUAUGAUUUCAAGGAGAAGAGAUCUACGAUUCCAGUUUGGGAAGAAUUGAUUGUUUUCAACGAGAACUUCAACUACUUCAUUCAAGAAAAACCAAGCGUUACAGUCUUUUUUGAGGUUGUUGAUUUCCUGAGUAUGAAUGCUGCAAAAGAGCGAUACGGUCGUUCGGGGAAUGAUGGCGGUUGGUAUAGAGUCGCAUGGGCAUUCCUCAAGUUGAGAGGCAAGAAUGGUCGGCUGAACACAGACAGAAAGCUGCGAUUACAGCUCUUUGAGUGUCCAUCAAGGUUUCGGCCUCAGAAGGAUAAACCAGAUGUUUACACGUGGUGGGAGUUCUACCCCCGUGACCAUUACCCAUCAACCCUUUACAUAACAGUGAAGGGUAUCGUCCCAAUGUCAUCGGAGGAAAUGGUACCUGGAACGCGAUCCAUGUUUGCUACACAACCCGAAAUUGGUACAGUCUCAUACAAGGAGUUGAGAAAAAGCAUUAGUUUCAGGACGAAAAAAAUGCGGGAGGAAGAGGACGCGUCACGAGGUCCAUCGCAGUGGGGUCGACUACCUGGCCAGAUGUGUAAGAUACCAAACAUGCUUUCCUUGACGCUACCAGCUGGAAAGAGGGGAUGCUUCGUGGUCAAGUUCUCACAUGAUGGAUUAUCACUUGCUUGUGGAUGCCAGGACAAACAGGACUAUCCUAUUAUUAUCUAUGAUAUCCCAAGUGGUAAGCUGCGAGGAAAGUUGACUGGUCACUACGGUAUUAUUUAUGACCUCUGCUGGUCUCGGAGGGAUAAGUUCUUACUGUCAGUGUCUGGAGAUGGUACUUCAAGGGUAUGGAAUGUGAAAAACUUUGAUGAGCCCUCGGAAAAGUUGAUGCCACAUCCAGCGUUUGUGUACACUGGUCAGUUCCAUAGUCGAGUGCGGACAGUGGUUGUGACUGCUGGAUAUGACUGUGUGAUUAGGGUCUGGGACAUCAAGCCUGAAGGACCACAUGCAAAGUUGUUACAAGAGCUAGACCUGCACCGCCACUUCAUCAAUUCCAUAUGCUUCGACGAGGACGGCUCCAAGAUGUAUUCCGGUGAUGCCAAUGGUAUCAUCAAUGUCUGGAAUGUCUUUGUCACGGAGCAGCCAUCUAAGCGAGGCUUUUUGCGAGACUGGACAUUGUACAAGGAACUAGUGGAGGACGAGUGUAAAGGUUCUCCAAUAAAUCACCUGAAAGUCUUCCAUGGCGACCGACGUCUGCUGAUUCAUUCUCGGGAUAACACCAUCCGAAUCAUGGAUCUCCGGGUCUUUUCCAUCAUGCAGAGGUACAUGGGUGCUUUGAAUUUCCGGGAACAUCUGCGCAGUUCCGUGACGCCAUGUGGUAGUUUCAUAUUUGCAGGAAGCGAGGACAGUACAGCUUAUGUUUGGAAUUCAGAAACAGGUGACCAAGUGGCCAUGUAUUCGGAGCUCUCCUACAGCCACGCAGUGUCCGGUGUCGACUUCCAUCCUCACGAUAAUAUUGUUGCCUUCUGCUCAUACGGCGAACAGCAACCCGUGCUUGUUUACACAUUUGACCCCAAGACUGCCAGACUUGAUGCAGGUUGGGAGAAACAAGAAACACAAAAAAUGGGCGAGACUGGGCUACAGUCUAUGAAAAGGGAGGACACCAAGGGUAGUGCCUGGGGAAGUGACUUCAAGGUGUCGUCCAAGGCCGACUUGGAUCUCAUCAAGACGGAGAGAUUCAAACGGGCCGCUGGAAAGCUAAGCACAGUACUGAAAGCGACAAAUGCAUUCAAGGAUGCAGGUUCCGGGGCGGAGCAUGAGCCCGAUUAUGGUCAGACCUUAGGUACAUGGGGCUCAAGCACAUUUGAUUAUACCUAUUCAUACGGACCUUCGAUGAGAAGUGGAAGUCCACUUCCAACGACAUUCUCCCCGCACGCCUCUCGUGACAUGGAAUCGUCCAUACAGCAGCAGAUGUACAUGUCACAGUCGUCCUAUAUGAAGGGCGGUAUGAGACCAACUGCAAAUGCCAUGGGCCGUAGUGGAAGUCAGACUCCGGCAUACAUGGGAAGACCGCCACAGAUGUCUAUGACGCAGUCGGGUGGUCGGGCAGAGUUCAGCUUCAAGAGUUCUAGGAAGAAGAUGGAGGAGGAGGAAAAGAAAAUUUUGUUUAAUAAUUCCCCCAUGAAACAGGUAGUGGCACUGUACGACUACAAUGCUGCUCGCUCCGAUGAGCUAUGCUUGCGACGUGGUGAUGUUGUCACAGUCCUCUACAAGGACAAUGAUAACUGGUGGAUGGGCGAGUUACUCGAUGGACAGCAGGGGUUCUUCCCAGCAAACUAUGUCGCUGAUGAAGGUGCUAGUGAUGGUGACAUGGCAGGAUUUAGCAGUGGGGAUGAACUUGAUGAGGCCAAAGAUACAAAGGUCAGCUUUGCAGAUGAAAAUACCACAGCAGUCGUGACCAGAGGAGGGGAUUUAAAAUUCAUAUCAGGACCUGACACACUGGAGGCAAAAAGGAAUCGUCAUACCAGAGGAAGGCUUGACUCAGUUGACAGUACAAUUACGAGCACAAGAGGCAGACCACCUUCUAAAGACAGGGACCCAAUGGGUUCAGGAGGUGGGUCAAGGCGGCCCUCAAAGGAUCGAAAUGGUAGUACUCUUGGAGUCGACCCAAUGGGUAGUGGACGGGGAUCAAGGCGACCAUCCAAGGACAGAGAUACUGGCAGUACUGGUGCAGGCUCAAGGCGACCAUCCAAGGACAGAGAUGCUGGCAGUACUGGUGCAGGCUCAAGGCGUCCCUCCCAGGACCCCAUGGGCAGCACCACAGAUUCCAGGCGUGGCUCAAGGGAUGAACUCCUUGGUCCCAAGGCUCGUGCUCGGAGACGGUCGAAGGAUAGAUCGGGCGACUUGGAGAUGCAGACCAUGGGGUCAACAGCGGGCUCAAGGAGGGGCUCGACUGAGAACCUUCUUGAUACCAAGGGAGAAGGCUUGUCAACAAUCGCACGGAAAAUCGUGAGAAAUAGGGAGAAAGCAGCUGAAUCACAAGCUUGAAGGACUCGUGUAAAUUAAUAAUAAGAACGUCGACAUCGGCAGAUUUGUUUAUAAAGUGAACCGUUGGUUCGUCUUUGAAAAUGAUAAAAUGUAUCUAUGAAACAAUUUGAAAAAUCAGCAUUCUAUCAUAUCAAUGCAACCUAAUAUGUUAGGUAUGUUUGCCUAGAAGACUAUAUCCUGUUUUGAAAAAGAUGCGGAAAGCCUCUUGCUGUGAUAUGUCCAGAUGUUAUGCACAUGACCCAACAAAUACCUCUUCUCAUGAAUCAAUAAUGAUGUAUAACUGAUUCCAGUAUACAAUUCGAUUGUCCUUAUAUGUGAUCAUGAUUUAAUCAAAAUUUGUUAAAAAUUGAGUUUUGGUGAAUUUUAGAACAGUAGCGAUAGUAUGUAGCCCAGGGUAGUUGGUUGAUGAGGUAUCCCGAAUCCAGGUUUUCACAUUUUCAAUUUUUUUGCCAUUAUUUCUUAAUUACUGAUUUCUAGUAGGACCAACUAUUAGUGUCAUACAAAUUUGCAUUCUACUAUGCAUGAUGAAAAAGUCUUAAAAGCUGAAUGUAUUCUUCAAAGUUACAUCCAUGAAAAUCUAACAGUGUAAAUGGGUUAAUCAGUCCAUUGAAUGUUUUUCCUCCCUACAGAAGACGAGAAAUUGUAUCUAUUAUUCCGAAUUCCACAGGUGUGGACUACAGUUGAGAGCAGAGUUGUUGUUGUUGCCACUUUUGUGUAAAUGGCUAGAAAGAGUUUAUCAUAAUUUAUCUUGGGCAGACUGUAUGUUGUGUGACAUACAAUCCUGUGUAGUCUUUCCUCUUGGAUUUGGCAUGGUUGCUUUUCACGCCUUUGGCUCAAGUGGAGUCCACUUGUGUCAUUAGAAAGCAGUGUAUGAAAACCAAGAGAAACAAUGUGGUGUUUGUAAUACAUUUUAUAAAUGUCUGCCGCGAUGACCUAAGUCCCGUUGCAGCCCAUAUAUCAAAUGAAUUAUCAAAUAGUUCAAAAGAAAAGUAAAUGGUGUUAAUGAAACACUUGAUUCUGAUUGGAUAUUAACACUAAGCAAAUGGUUAGGUGAGAUUAUACAGAACUUUGCAUGGAUGCAGUUUGAUGGGUUAUUAUGGUUGUUGUAUUAUAUGACACACCUCUGAAUUAUUUUGGUUCGUGAUUGUUCCAUGAUAGCUGUUUACAAUGUAGAUCUCCAGUGUCCUUUCCUUGCCCAAAUUACAGCCAUUUUCAUAAUUGAAAACUUCUUUAAUGAUAUUCCCUCCAAGUACUUAUUCACAAGUGAUUAUUCUGUUUUGUUAUUGAUCCCACAUGAAACAUUUUGGUAUCAGUUUGUUACACAUCCACAAACAUGUAAAUAUUUGCUGAGCUGUCAUCUUGGAGUCUUAUUUGAUGCUAAAAAUUGGUAGAAAUGUCGUCUGCUUAAUAUUUUUGAGACAAAAAAACAACAAAAGGCAGUAGCUUACUCUUACCAAGUCUCUAGGAUUUGAAUAAGAGUUGAAAAUGUACAAGUUUUAUUAAAAGAGUAAGCAGCUCUAUAAAUUUCACCCUAUGGUUGAUCAGGUGGAGUUCAAUCUGAUAUUAGAAUGUAUUUUAGAUUCGGUACCAUAUGUAGCUAUGAUUUUAUGUCUGUAAGUAGUUGUAGAUAUAGAUUAGUAUUUAUUCUCUAUCUAUUGCAUGCCGUCCAUUUUUGUUGUGUCACACAUAACUUAUCUAACUUGAUAGUCAUUUUAGAGAAAGCCUACCAAACAUAAGAAGGUGGGGUUCUAGUGUCAGAGAAUUUAGCAUGACUGUAAUAAUGAAAAUAUAUUGGUUAUUUUACUGCGGUAAAAUAGUUUGUAGUAUCAAGCAUAUUCUCAAAAUUAAUGAAAUUAAAAUUGGAAGCUGGUCCCUAUGCUGUUCUAUACUGAAAUGUGCCUUUGGUCAAAGGUCCAAUUAAUUGUUAACAGUUUUUGGAAUGUUACGCACUUUAAAAAAGGUUAUCUCAUGCUGAAAAACCAUGCAAAAUAUCUUAGCUUUGUUAUAUUUUGAAGAACUAGGCCUACCUGCACUUUUGAUGUUGAAAUUGUUGUACUUGUACUUGUUCUGUACAUAAUACAAGUCUGUAAAAUGGUGCUCCAACACUUUGGAAAAACCUGUUGUCUUUUGCACCCACAUCAAUAUGAAUCAUUUGCCAAAGUUUCUUGUGUUCAUUUGAAAAAAGUAUGUGGUUAAAAUACACCAGAUGAAUCAAAGUAUACAUGUACACAAGAUAGAAAGAACUGUUUGAAUGGUGUAAAAAGGGUACACCUAACUCCUAAAAUGUAUUAAACUGAUCGGACUCUUGUGUUUUUCAGAAUCUAUGAUCUUUGUAGUAAAAUGGUAAACAUAUCUACUUAAUUUUGUAUCUGUACAUUUGUAUGUAUAUAGAACCUUUGUAUUCAUCUGUAUAUUCCAAUGAAGUUUUAGAGAACAUUUAUUUGUAAGAAAAAUAAUGUUACAAAUGAAGA